CGCCUCUAGUGCAGCAACGCCACCAUCACGCCUAUCGUCGCCCCAUCUCCGCAGCCCCGCUUCCCGCAGAUGAGCCGAGCGGUUGGCUGUCAACGAGGACAUGCACUAUCUGCUGGCAUAGCUGCGCCCGCCGCUACCGCGCCGCCGACCUGCCGCCAUCACCCCGCUGCCUCAUCCUGGCCGCCGUCAGGAGCCGGGCCCGUGGGCCCAACACGCCGAGGCCCCUGUCGCACUGCUAUGCGCACCUGCAGCUGCAGGCAGGCAUGGCUUCAGCCUCAGCGGCAGCGCCGCCUUCCGAGCCCGCUGCCGCCGCUGCGCCUGCCACUGGCGGCGGCGGCAAGGGAGACGGCCUCGAUGCCGAGCUGCCUGUGCUGGACCCUGUGGGGGACUACGAGAAGAUCAAACGCAUUGGGGAGGGCACCUUCGGCAUCGUCUACAAGGCGAGGGACAAGCGCACCGGCGAGCUGGUAGCUCUCAAGAAGCUGCGCAUGGAGCGGGAGCGGGACGGCAUGCCGGUCACCUCUGUGCGUGAGCUGCGGGUGCUGCAGACCUGCAAGCACCCAAACUUGGUGGAGCUGAAGCGGGUGGUCACAGGCCCCCGCCUGGACAGCGUGUUCCUGGUGUUUGAGUACUGCCCGCACGACAUGGGCAAGCUGGUGGACUCCCUGCCCAAGCCCUUCCACGAGAGCGAGGUCAAGUGCCUGCUGCAGCAGCUGCUGUCUGCUGUGGCCUACCUUCACGACCGCUGGGUCAUGCACCGCGACCUCAAGCUCUCCAACCUGCUCUUCACAAACCAGGCACGCAGGCGCCCGCGGCCCGCCGCCUGCGCCAGUCGCCGCAAGGGGCCGCCGCUCGCUGCCACCGGCAUCAGUGGCUGCCUUAAGCUUUGUGACUAUGGCUUGGCCCGCUACUUCCAGCCCUGGGAGGAGAGCUACACUCCAGGGGUGGUGACGCUGUGGUACAGGGCCCCUGAGGUGCUGCUGGGCGCCGAGACCUACACCGAGGCGAUUGACCUGUGGAGCUGCGGCUGCAUCUUCGCCGAGCUGCUCCGCAACGACCCGCUGUUCCCCGGCAGGACAGAGGCCGCCAUGCUGGACCUCAUGUCGAGCCUGCUGGGCGCCCCCAACGAGCGCAUCUGGCCCGGCGUGGGCCGCCUGCCGCACCUCGACCGCUUCCGCCUGCCGCCGCAGCCCUACAACUACCUUCGGAAGGAGUUCCCCCACCUGAGCGACGCCGGCAUCGACCUGCUCAACCGCCUGCUCACUUACGACCCCGACAAGCGCAUCACCGCCCGCCAGGCGCUGCGACACCCCUACUUCACAG